AUGGCUCGAACAAGGUCUGCCAAACCCGUUUCCAAGCCUUCUCCAGGAGCACCAGCUUCGGCCCCGGUUUCGAAAUACACGCUCGAGGCCAGCUCGGCGUCUCCCCCCCGUUUGUUCGUCCUGCCAACGACGGCAACGUCAGACAGCCGCAUCAUCACUUUGCCGCACCCUCGAAACGGCCAGCCAGCCCGCUAUCUUAUUUGUCCCAAGGGCGAAAUCCACGAAUUCACCAGAGUCUCGGCGCCGACAUCUACCCCCAAGAGCUGGCUGGUCGAGAGUGAAGAGGAACAGCUUGACGUGAGUGCGGGCGAGACACGAACAAGCAUCCACGCAGAGACCAUUUCAAGGUCCGACAUGUACAUCGCAACACCCAUAGACCCCUUGUUCUUGGUAUUGCCUUCAUUGGUGGACGCCAGGGUCGAAAAGGGCUCGCGAGAGAAGAAGAGACUGUUUCUGGCCAGCGACGACCACUUUGACAAGCUUCCGCAGGAAAACUCCCACUUGUCCACACUCUUGGAAUGCGACGCGACGAGAUCGUUGCUAGAAUCAAGAAUGGAGGCAAUCUGCGAUACUGUCGAUGCCGGAGAUGUCAAGAUGUUUCGACUCAGCGAGAAGAAGCUUGUGGCUACCAUUCUAGGCAAGGCACAGAGGAUGAUGGAAGCGGGCCUACCUCCCUCCAUGGAGGACAAGUUUGUUCGCAAGGCGUUGGAAGCGCCAUUCUUGCUGCAGAAGAGCGUUGUCAUGGCGGCUCCGAGCCAAACGCCCAACGACAGCGCUCUUGGCUCUGAAGUUUCCACACCCCUGGCCGAUUUCGACACGUCACAGUCGACUUCCGUGGCGGCCGAUUCGAACCCAUCCUUUGCGUCGGAGCCUUCAACGGCGUCAACGUCGUUGUUUGCGGAGCAAUCACAAGUCAAUCAUGACGUAGUGACUGCUCUCCAGGCAACACCGGAUGUCCUCAGACUACAAAGACUCCGUGUCGCGUUCGACUUUAUCUGCUCCCGCUACGUAUCCUCGGCCACGGCAGAACAGUUGCGUCGCUGCCUAUCACAGGGGGAUAUGAGCACAGUCGACUUCUCGCCUUUGGACGCGUACUUGGCGCAGUUAGCCGAGGUGCGCGCCAGGGCAGCUGCCGCCAGCUCAGCAGCUGAUUACUCGCGAAAGAGAGUGCUGGACGACGAGCAGGAAGAGAUGCGGGCGGAAAAGAAACGCAAGAUGGAAGCAGAGAAGCAGCGCAAGGCAAACCAAAGCCGUGGUGUUAGAGACCUCAAAAAGGUCAACACGAGCGGGAUGAUGAAGCUCAGUCAUUUUUUCAGCGCCAAAUAA